AUGAGGACUCAGGAAUCAAUUAGCGCGGGGCAGACUCUCACCCUGGCUGCAAGCCAGGCACUGCCCAUCCAGGACGGUCGGAUCAUGGUGGACGAGCUCCAGCAGCAACUUCCCAAAUUCUCACUGAAGGUGACGGCACUCCUGGAGAACAUGUACUACUUCUGCCACAAUGUCCGGCGUGACCUCCAGGACUUCCGGGAGCUGAUGGACAACUUCUCCGAACUGCUCAAGGCCUGCGACAUCCCGGCACUAGAGCAGCCCAAGGUGGCCAUGCCCUCACCCAGCAUCAGUGAUGACGCGGACCAGGUGGUACCCGAGCUGGUGCCUGAGUCGGAGCCAAGCACCCCCGAGGCCGCCCAGGAGGUGCCCUUCGAAGCCGUAGCAAGAGCCAAGCUGUUGUCUGACUGGCCAGAGCUGGCCUGGGCCCAGGACGCCCCAGAGAAGGAGGAGGAAUCAGGACUGGAGGAUGACAAGCUGGAAUCUCACGACUUGGGCACCAAGGCCAAGGACACCAACUCGCCUCCCCAGCCCCCGGAGACCUCCAGCUCCUCGGAGGAAUCCCCAGGCACCCGAGCAAGCCCAGGCCUGUCCAACGAGACCACGAGGAAGGUCCAGCGGCUGCUGAAGCUGCUCUCCUGGGACCCCGAAGACUUUGAAGGUGCCGACCGGCGAUGCUGGCGCCUGGGGGUCCCGAGCAGGCUGGAGAAGAAGCGGACGCUGCGGCACGGGGAGCCGGUGCUGGCUGUGGGGGUGAGCAGUUUCACUCGGCACGCCUUCACCUGCGGCCGGGCCGGCAUCAAGGUGUGGAGCCUCGCGGACCUGGGGGUCGAGGCCCGGCUCCCGGAGAGCUGCUUGUUCCCGCCAGCACAGAGCUGCGAGGCCUACCUGCGUACCUGCCUGCUCACCUCCAAUAACAGGAGCCUGCUCGCAGGUGGCCACAGCCUGCCCAGCGUGAGCCUGUGGGACCUGGCGGCGCCCUCCCUGCGGAUCUCACACCAGCUGCCUUGUGAAGGCUACACCUGCCAGGCCCUGGCUGCCAACCUGGAUGAAAACCUGGCUUUCGCCAGCUUCACCGACGGCACGGUCAGGAUUUGGGACCUGCGCAGUCAGAGCGUGGUCAGGGACUUCCACGGGCCACCCCACAGUGCCAAGAGCCUGGUGGUGAAGGCCCAGCAGGUGUGGACAGGGGGCCUGGACGCCUGCCUGCGGGGCUGGGACCUCCGCGCCCCAGCCCAGCCCCUGCAGUGGCCCAUGAAGUCUCAGAUCAUGAGCCUGGCCCACUGCCCCAACGAGGACUGGGUGGUCCUGGGCCUGGCCAGCGGCGAGCAGUGGCUGCAUCCAACCAACAGCGGUAAGACGCGUUUGCUGGGCAGCCAGGAGAAUCCCAUCCUUGGCCUCAAGUUCUCCCCGUUUGGCCGGUGGUGGGUGAGUGUGGACACCGAUGGCCUGGUCAGCAUCUGCUCCAUGCCCCUGGGAGCCAAGGUGGUCCAGGUACCCGAAAACUCGUCCGCCAUGUGCUGUGACGUGUGUAGCAACAGCUCCCUGGUGGCCGCGGGGACCGGGGACUGCGCCUCUGUGUACCAGGUCGCCUACUGA